UAUGAUUAUGUAUUUCAGCCUAUAAUGGUUGAAUCUGAGAAACCCAAGGCUAAAACUGAGAAACAUCUUCCAUGGAUUGAAAAGUAUCGGCCUGUAGAAUUCAACCAAAUUGUUGGAAACCAAGAAACUGUUGCUAGAUUAUCGGUCUUCGCUCGCGAAGGAAAUGUGCCAAACAUUAUUAUCGCUGGUCCCCCCGGAGUCGGGAAGACGACAACUAUUCUCUGCCUGGCUCGACAUCUACUCGGCCCAAACUUCAGGGAACUAUCUCUUUUCAUAAUAAAAAUGUUAUUUGCCCUAGCGUGCAACUCAAGUGAGAAAAUCAUCGAACCUAUUCAGUCUAGAUGUGCUAUGCUAAGAUACAGCAAACUAACUGAUGCGCAGGUGCUGGCUAAGAUACAGGAGGUGUGUAAGGUGGAAGGAGUGGAGUAUAGUGAUGACGGUUUAGAAGCAAUUGUGUUCACUGCUCAGGGUGACAUGAGACAAGCGUUGAACAACCUGCAGUCCACCUACGAGGGGUUCGGGUUCGUGAAGGCCGCCAACGUGUGGAAGGUUUGUGAUGAACCUCAUCCUCUUCUUAUCAAGGAUAUGCUCUCACACUGCGUCAAGGCAGACAUUGACGAAGCCUACAAGGUGAUGUCCCACCUGUGGAAGCUGGGAUACUCCUCAGAGGACAUCGUCACCAACAUCUUCAGGGUGUGUAAGACCCACAGUAUGGCGGAGAGAUACAAGCUGGAGUUUAUCAAGGAGAUAGGACGGACUCAUCUUCUCCUAGUCCAGGGGACAUCUUCGCUUAUUCAGUUAUCAGGAUUGUUGGCCCGUCUUUGCCAGGUUUCUCUUACUGUAGAAUAAAACCAAGAAUCUCCGAAGAAAACAGCAAAAGUGAAAAAAGAUUAAUUUUUAAAAUCAAGAUAUUCGUCAAUAUGUGAUAUUUACCAAUCUGGUAUUUCAGA